AUGAAAUUCCAAUCAAUCUUUGUAUUCUUGAUUGCCAGUUUGGUUGCUGGAUCUUAUGCUCAAACACCGUGUGAACUAAUUGUCAAAGGGAAAUUUACCCAUACAAUUAGCGGGCAAUCUGGCUGCUUUGGAACUGAUCCUAUGGAUCCUAUUAGUAUGGCUAGUGCAUCCAAAAACGUUGUUUACAAAUUUUACACCGGCACUAACUGCAAUGGUCUUAUUUUCACUGGCGCUGAUGUCAACACUUUUACUCCCCCGUUGCAAACCAAGUCUGCCAGAUUAAUUUGCCCUUCAUAA